GGAUUCUUGGCCUCCCACCCAAACUGGCCUGACAAGCUUCCAAGAUGAGUGAUCGAGUCGUUCUAAGCUUGAUUGAUACAAAGAGGCGCGAAUAGUUUAGUUUCUUCCGCCUGUCCUUUCCUUUCUUCCAGCGCCGGACAGAGCCUCUCUCAUUUCUCGCUUCUUGCCAGCGCAGCUGCAAACUCGAGAUUUUCCAGAAUUGGCCAGCAGCAUGUCAAAUAGGUCCCAUAGUGUCAAAUUCACGUAAACACCAAAACAGCUCAGUAAUAAGUCAUCCGAUAUCUUCUUCCGUUUCCACUCUCUUCCAUCAAUCCGAUCAGCGCUUCACAGAAGGGCUAAACUGCAACCGAUACAGCAGCGGAGCCGCCAUUGUCUGACACUAAAAGCUCUCCGUAGAUCAACAGCCAUGGCGGACGCUGUUUCAAAUUGCAAGCCGUCGCUUCUGAACCCGUGCCACCCGCAGCAGGCCCAACCGACCGGUUCCUUCUCCCCCACCACCUUCGCAGCAGCGCUCGCCGUCUGCCUCAUUCUCGUCUUCACUGUCGCUACAGCCGUCUGCGUGAUCCGACGGCUGAAAUGGUUCGACGUCGAUCUUGACAGCGGCCCGGCGGAGCGGCCACACCCGCGGGUAAUCUGGGUGCGGAAUCUCGACCAGAAGCCCGCGAUUCCCGGGCUCGACCGCGCCACGAUUCGCUCGUUCCCCGUGUUCACGUACCGCGGCUCGGAUGGUUUAGGAAGCGAUGCGCCUCUGGUGGAGGAAGGUCGUUCCGGUCCCGCAUCUGGCGCCGAGAAUCGCGCCGGUUCUCAAGCGGAAAAACACGUCGCGGUGACCGUCGACGGCGACGCGCGCGAGCCUGCGGCAGGCAAGACGAGUCUCCGCGAGAGCGCGCCGAGCCUGGGCGAGAGCGCUCCGAGUCUGCGCGACUGCGCGGUGUGCCUGGGCGAGUACGCGGCGGGCGAGCGCAUCAAGGUGGUGCCGGCGUGCGCACAUGGCUUCCACGCGGACUGCAUCGACCUCUGGCUCGCCGCCAAAACCACCUGCCCCAUCUGCCGCACAGACCUCCGCCGGCCAGCCUCCCCCGACGCCGCCGCGCCUAAGGCCGCGGAGGUAGCUGUUACAGAAAGAGGGUUAACCGGAGGGGUGGUUACAGAAGGGGUGGUUGCAGAGAGGGUGGUAACAGAAGGGGUAGCUACAGACGUGCUGCUUCAAAUAACUGAUGAUAGGGGAAAUGUGACAAUGGCGGACGGAAUGGCGUCCGAGGGGGUAAGAAUAGGAUCGUGAAUCAGGAGUCAAACAGAGGAAAUAUGGGUAGGGGGGAAUGGAUCGGGAUCGAUGCCAGCACAGCGCCACCAGCAGUACCAGCAGCAGCAGCAGCAGCAGCAGCAGCAGCAGGAGCAGCAGGAGCAAAAGGGGCAGCUGGAGCAGUAGCAGCAGCACGAGCAGCAGGAGCAGCACCAGAAGCAGGUGCAGCACCAGUAGCAGCAGCACCACCAGUAUCAGCAGCAGCAGCAGCAGGAGCAGUAGCAGCACCAGCACCAGCAGCAGGAGCACCAGCAGCAGCAGAAGCAGCAGCUGAAGCUUGAGUGGACCCACCAUCACCUGCUCAUUUGCCGCACUGGCCUCACCUCCAGAAAUGUUGGUUGAGCCCAAUUAAAUGUCACCUAGGAAGAUCGUUCCUGCGAGAGCGCGGGGUCGUCCUCUUUAGGAAAGAACCUGGCGAGAGGAGGAGCGUAGAGAGGGUUUGAAGAAGUGUGUAGAUGUGACAGCAGGAGGAGAAGAGAAGUGCUAUACCAAGGUCCGACCACUGGCAGAGUUUGGGGAUUGAUUAUCUACGCCUGUGGGGGGGUGAACAGAAGGGGGCAGAGCCAAGGGGAGGUUGAGAUACAAGUGGAAGCGGAACCAGAACAGGAAGGGCAUUCAGAGCAGGGUGAAGCAGUUUUCCAGCAGGGAAGGCGUAUCUUUCUAUUAGGUUAGGAGGUGGUGGUUGGGAAAGAGUAAGCAGCAACUCCAAAAAAUAAGACCCUAAAAUAGGGUAGGCAAGAGGAGAAUCUGACACGAAGGGGCAUGCGUUCGGAGGGUGGCGAGCAUUUUUCCUCAGAUAGAGAUGAGGUUGGUUGGAUGACUGAUAUAACGGGUUUAAGCACUUCGAGAAAGCAAAUACCGUUAUUUGAUACAUAC